UAUUGCUUUUUAAAAAAUAAGUUUUAUGUCUCCAUGAUAAAGCAUGUAAUUUGUGUCUUGGUUCUUCUAGUGGGUCCGCUGCGGGUAGAGUUUUCUGACCCGGUCACCCUAGACCUGGUGAGGUCAGAGAACCCAGCGUUGCAGCCCGGUGGACGGUUUAAACCCACAGACUGCAUCGCCCAGCAGAAGGUGGCAAUCAUCAUCCCCUUCAGGAACCGCGACGAGCACCUGAAGUACUGGUUGUAUUAUCUACACCCCAUCCUCCAGCGCCAGAAACUGGACUACGGCAUCUACGUCAUCAACCAGGACGGCGAGGAUAUCUUCAACCGUGCCAAACUGCUCAACAUUGGUUACGCUGAGGCUUUGAAGGAGUAUGACUACAAUUGUUUUGUCUUCAGUGAUGUAGACCUCAUCCCAAUGGAUGACCGCAACUUCUACAAAUGCUAUAAUCAGCCCAGGCAUCUGUCUGUGUCUAUGGAUAAGUUUGGAUUCAGGUUGCCAUACGUACAGUACUUUGGUGGCGUGUCAUCCCUGAGCAAGGAACAGUAUCUGAAGAUCAACGGCUUCCCAAACAACUACUGGGGCUGGGGAGGAGAAGAUGAUGACAUAUUUAACAGGGUUGCCUCCAAAGGGAUGUCUAUAUCAAGGCCUGAUGGGAUCAUUGGAAGAUGUAGAAUGAUCCGCCAUGAUCGAGACAAACAAAACGACCCCAAUCCACAGAGGUUUGACCGAAUAGCUCACACAAGGGAAACAAUGGCAAGAGAUGGGAUCAAUUCAUUAACAUAUAAGGUUGUUAAAAUUGAGAAAGACCAGCUAUUCACCAAAAUCACAGUGGAUGUGGGAAAACCAUGAUUCCUGCGUAGAGACCAACAUAAAACUGAGUGAAACCGCAGCGCUCGCUGUCGAAACCAAAAGUGCCUUGAUAGUCAAAUGGAUAAUUUUCAAAGUGGAUUCUAUUCUUAAAAAGACACCUAAGUACUAAGAAAUGUUUGUUUUGCCAUCUUUGCACAUGUGAUGGUGAACACAGGGGUCUGGACUCCUUUUGCCCAGUGUAUCAGAACUGUUCGGCUGCUAAAGGAGACACACAAGGGUUUCAGGUUGUCCUCAAGGCGACGGGCCAACCUUGUUCUGUCUCAGACACUUCUGCUGAGGAAGGACUAUAUUUUGAGCCAUUCAAUGAAAGCAGCCAAUUAAAGUAAACUGAUUUGCUGUUGAAAAUAACCUUGUGGACAAAGUAUGCGAGUUGCUGUGUAUGGGAUUAUUUAGUUCAUUUAGUUGUGUGUUUGAAAGAGAAUAUUUAAAGGAUCGAUUUUGUUAAUCAGCAACCUAAGCAAUGUAAAAAAAAAAUUGAAGGUCUACCAAUCAAGGGUUGUGGAUACUGACAAACUGGCAUUUUUUGGGCUGACACAUUUUUGUUUACUUGUAUUAUGCAUUGCAUCUCAUUAUCUCAUUGCUGUACCAAGUUAUUUGUACUUUACAGAGCCUUUUAAAUGAUAUCGCUCUUUGUUAGGAGUGAGAUGUCUGAAUGUAUUGGCCUGCAUGGUUUUUAUCCUCAAGUGCUUGAUGCAUAUUGGACCAUUGUUAUGUUUGCUGGAACACCAAAGUAGCAGCCUUGCAUCUUAAAAGACAUUAAUUUCCUCCCUUCUGUUUGGUGCAUUAUCUUUUUUUGAUUGCAAAUCUAUCCAAUCAAAUGCAGCAUUAUCAGGCCAAGCUUUCAGAUUUGCUCUGUUCCUUUUCAUGGUUUUCGGUCCUUUAUUGCAUUGUGAAUUUCUCAGAUCUAUGCUGGCUAUUAAGGGCACAAGAAUAUUCAAGCUCUCUACUGUAAUGAAAACAUGAAGCCAUUGAGAACUUUGCUGAAUUGACCUGUUGAUACUUGUAGCUUUUUUUUUUCUCUCACAUGUGCUGGUCUGCUCUUAAAUUCUUUUGAACAAAGAAAACUGUGUUUUAUUCUAAAACCUGUGAUUGUGGAAACCAAAAAUGCCUUUCAACUCCGUCAGGGGACGAAAUGCAGACGAAGCAAAUGAAUGUGUGUCAGCUGUUUGCUCAAGUGCUUUUCAAGAUGGCGACUAACAGCCCGUACACAAUGUACUGAAUGUUUAAGUUGCGCCAGCCAAAUUUUUUCCUCUGGGCCGAGCACCCCAAAAGACCCAUAGAUUUUCUUUCCAGUUUAAAAACUCUCCAAUGCCUUAUAAAAAGUCCUUUGCACCAGGAAAGAAAACUACCUCUCCACACGACACGGCACUCGCAAGCAGAAGGGAUUAGCGGCUAAUGCUGUCUCUCAAACCAAAUGCUUUGGCAAAUAAUCUUGGGCUUUUUUCCCUCUUAGGUCAGUUAAAGCAAGGUUUAAAUCUGUUUAGACAAUGGUCUUUGUUUGAGAGCCAGCACAUAAUUAAUUUUCUUUUUUUAAUUCUUUGAUUUGUUAUUUUGACAGUGAACAAUUAAAGUAAUUUGGAAUUAUGGAAAAUAAAUGAUUAAAUUGUGUUUGAUUUCA